CACAAGAACAUCUUUGAAAAGGCUUUAUUCAACACUAACCUCGGAUAUGAGCUCCUGGAGGCUCUUGCAAGGUACCUAGCCCACUUUAAAACCUACACAUCAACACACCAAAAGAAAAGUCUAAGACAAAACGACAGGAUACACCUUGACUCCAAAUAUAGCGACCUCACUAUCGUGUGCGAAGACCAAGUUUACACUGUGCACAAGUGCAUAGUUUGUUCUCGGUCAGGGUUCUUCGCCAAAGCUUGUGAUUGGGGGGUUCAAGUCCAGAAUUUCAAAUGUUUCACGUUACAAGAGGACCCAUCUUUGGUCCAGCAGGUGGUGGAAUAUCUCUACACCUUGGAUUACCGGGUAGACCCCAAGGAUGAAUCGGCAGGUGGUCCCUCGAUGUUUAAGGAGAAAGAGAAGGUGAUUGAAAAUCCCAUGCCAAAAAGCUCCAAGGGCAAUGUUUUCAUUCAGGACGAAAAGGUGCAACAAAACAAAAGUACCGCAAACCAACCGGGGAAACAACCCGAAACAGAAACAUCGGAAGGCUGGCAUCUUCUGUUUUUCCCCAUCACGAUGUAUUCACUUGCCGAUCGGAUGCUAAUCGAAGGCUUGAAGACUCCCCCAAAGAGCAAAUUCGAGGGAGAGCUACACCAGAAGCUCGAUUUGGACUUCUUCCCCGAUAUGAUUCGGGACAUUAUACGUCUACUCCUCAAACCGAUCGAGGCCUGCAAGAUUUGGCAGUGA